CGCUAUUGUGACCACUCGUUAGUAAGUUAGUAAGCAUGUUAGGAGAAAAUUCUCCUGCAGCCGCCGACAUGGAUUCGGGCGACGAAAACUCCUCCGAGACUCCACCAAGAGACGUGGAACUUGACGAUGACGACCGGAAUACUGAACUCGCAGACGACGACCAAGCAAUGGAGUUCUCCGAUGAGGAUUCCACCGAGAACGACAUCCCCACGUCAACGCACUUUCGGACCCAUCGUGCUACACCCCCACCCCAACGAGCAGCGGGUGACCCGACCAACUGGGUUGACCUAACGUCCCGUAGGUCGCCCAGCCACACCACCGCUGUUCUCACGGCGUACCACCUACCCGUCCUAUCCACGUCCCGGCCCCGACUCACCACGCCACGCCCCGGAGUCACCCUCUUACGCCUCACGAGCGGCACCGUAUGUUGCCCCGGACCCGCCGACGUAUACCCCUUACCGGUCACCCCGAUAUGCUGAGACUACGGAUGAAACCGAAGGAGCAUUCCGUCAUAGACGCGACCCGCAGCUCGGCCAAGGAGUGUAUCGUCCGGUAACACCCGAACAAGGGCUUGAACCAUACGUACCACCGCCACGAAAUUGGUACGACCAAGAAGACGACGAUGACGACUACUACACACAGGAGUUCGUCUCGAGUGCCGAAACCACCACAUUGUCACACCUUGAGGAAUGCGAGUCACCCAGAACUGCCGGAUGACCGUUGACAUAACAAUUCCACCAUGGCGCAACGUGCAGGAAUUCUUUAACACCUUCCGGGAGCCCGCCGAAGCACAUCGAAACAGUCCAGCAUACGAACCAGCCGACCCGGGACCAGACGUCGAACCGACGAUCGCGAACGUAAAUCUCCUACCUCGCGAAACGGAUGACGAGGGCAGGGAGGCCCAGGAUCGGGACGAGGACAUUACUGCCAAACUCCCGAAACGGCGACGCACCGUGACCAGUCGCAAAACAGAGAGUAACCUCGUAAGCUGGGAGUCGGUAUCCUCACUGGAGGAUGAAGAGGGUCCUCGUUUCCGGCGUACCUGCCCCACCCCGAGUCUCACAAGAUCGGAUGAGAAAUGGGAAGUCGACAAAGAGUGGGAUGCCAACCCCACCCUGCAAUCCCUCAAUAUCCGGUUUCGGAGGGUCAAGCUGACUUCACAACAGGCAGACACGCCCCAGGACUCGUGGUCACAGCAGGAAGACAGGCCCCAGGACUCGUGGUCACAGCAGGCAGACCGGCCCUAGGACUCGUGGUCACAGCAGGCAGACAGGCCCCAGGAAUCGUGGUCACAGCAGGCAGACCGGCCCUAGGACUCGUGGUCGCCCGAAACGCCCCGAAACAGCAGGCUGAAACGCCCCAGGACUCGUGGUCACACAAGGCAGACACACCAAUCGAUAGGAACAUCCAGCAGAGCCACGCAUCUGCCGAGCCACUCGCCGUUACUCCAGCACCAUCCAUCACCAACCCUGGACAGAAUGAGUUUACCCCAGCCUGAAAUAGGUUCCUUACAAUACAGGGCUUUACAGGGCUGGACAGUGCAGGCCACGAAUCAGCUGAACGACGGAAGUGUUGCAAAGGGUUUCCAGGUCCCAGCGCAGCGAGCUUUUGACAGCGACCG